AGUUACGCGCGGUUUGUGGGUUUAGUUUUUGCAGUUAAGUCGCUGUCCUGAGAAAAAGGGAGAUCAUAUUGAGACUUAACACAACACCGUACGGAUCACCAUGGCUUUGGACCUCUGUGGCAUCCUUUGCAAAUACACCGCCCGCCUCGUCAACAUGAUCGUUGCGGUGCUGGGCUUUGCCUUUCUGGGUCUGGGCCUGUGGUUGAGAUUCAGCAACAGCACCAGAGUCAUCUUUGCAUUAAACGCUCUCAACUCCAGCACCUUUGUAAUUGGUGUGACUGUAUUGAUCGUGCUUGGUACACUGAUGCUCAUCGUGGUCACGUUUGGACUGUAUGGGGAAUGCAGUGAGAAAAAAUGUGCUCUUCAAGUGUUCUCUGUUCUUGUGUUCAUCCUGGCGCUUGCUGACGUUGCCGUUGGAGGGGUUGCUUACACCAGGAGGGAUCAGGCUGGGGCGAGGGUUGAAGAACUCUACAACACCCUGUAUACCCUGUUUGCAUCGCAGGGAGAUUUGGACAUUGGUGUCAUGCUCACGUUCAUUCAUGAGCUGCUUCAUUGCUGUGGCGUGACACGGGCCCCGGUGGUGGAGUUAGUUCGAGGGACCUGCCCCGAACCACGCAGUGCCUUGGAGGAGAUGUCCAUGCCUAGGUGUUCCAAGGUCAUCACUGAAUUCUUCAACAGUAACGCAACAGUGGUGAUGGCCCCCUUCAUCGUAAUUGGACUUCUUUUGAUCACAGCCCUGGUGUGCACCAUUAUCCUCUUGAAACAGAUCAAGAAAGACCAGAAGUCCUACUCUGCCCGAUACUCGGCUGUGUACUAGGAGGAUUCUUCAAACAAAUCAAUAGCGGCGUGUGUGAUGACUUUCGUUUUUACUGAUCAGAUUAUAUUUCAGAUAUGAAAAAUGUUAGUAUUGGGGAAAAAAAGGAUUUACAUAUCACAUUACAGAUUACUUGGUAUCCACCUUUCAGCUGUGUUUGUUCGUUCUCAAACACAUCAAAAGAUAAUCAGUAUGAUCUGAACAGGCACGUAUAGUUCUGGCUGGUUAAUAACAUUUGUCAUUAAUAUUUUGCAAAGUAGCGUUACACAAGUCAUUUUUGUGACAUAAUUUCAAUGUUGUCGCCUCGGAUUCUCCCCCCUCCCCCGUGUUGGAGAGCUUGUGCUGCAGGCCAACGGCAUGCUUUUUGCGUUUAAAUAAAAUAUUCCACUUUGUUGUACUAUGAUCGGAUUGUGUGUUUUUGAUUCAAGAAGUGAUAAGUGACUAUUUCACAGAUUCAUUCAAUACAAAGCUUCAAAUCCUCGAAUCUUUAGAAAAAUGUACUUAAAAAUACUUAGUCAUAUUUUCUUAAACAGUAAAAGUAAACCGAAUAAGUGGUUGGGCCACCUUUAGCAAUUAACUGCAAUUAAGCGUUUUUCACACAGGCUCAUGUAUGUUUGAAUGUUUUUUCUCCCUUAAUAAAAGUUUCAUUUA